ACCGAUUUAUUAGAGAGAUGAUAUACAAAAUCAACAGUUAAUAGGACACAAGAAAACAGUACUCAUAUGUGACAAUAUAUUAUGUAUUAUAUUAAUGGUGUUUCUAGCUACCAGAGUUGAUGGGGGAGAUUUGGGUGCAGGAGAAAUAUGAGGCGUUCAAGAAAAAAGUAAAAGCAACGGUUGGAGACACAAGGAGCGGACCGAGUCGAAAUCACCCUGCAGUGAUUGAGGUUAUACAAGAAACAUCCAGCGAGGAUGCAAUUCAAGAAAAUGAAACCAAAAAUAUGCCUCUCCUUGUAUACGUUUCUCGUGAGAAAAGGCCUUCUCAUUUUCACAAUUUUAAGGCUGGAGCGCUCAAUGUUCUACUACGGGUCUCUGGUGUGAUAAGCAAUUCUCCGUACAUAUUAGGGCUAGAUUGUGACAUGCAUUGCCAUGAUCCAAGUUCGGCUCGGCAAGCAAUGUGUUUCCAUCUUGACCCAAAGAUAUCACCCUCUCUAGCAUUUGUUCAAUUCCCUCAAAAAUUUCACAACAUCAGUAAUAAUGAUAUCUAUGACAGUCAGAUGAGGUCGAUAUUUUCGCUGCUAUGGCAAGGUGUUGAUGGGGUUGGAGGGCCAGGUGUGGCUGGUACUGGCUAUUACAUCAAGAGGUUGUCCUUAUGUUCAAGCUCCAAACAUGAAGAUGGGGAUCCCAUGAAACUUAGACAAUCUUUUGGUCCAUCCAAUGAGUUCAUCAAAUGCCUCCACCAAAACAAGAAGCCUGAUAUGCUCAUCCACAGAAAGAAUGCAUUGCUAAAUGAAGCCCAACUUCUAGCCUCUUGUGCCUUCGAAAAUGGCACCGAAUGGGGGGAAGAGGUUGGUUUCAUGUAUGGGUCUGUGGCGGAAGAUUACGUCACAGGGUUUCGUUUGCAUUGCAAAGGUUGGAUUUCAGUGUAUUAUAAUCCACCAAGGCCACAGUUCUUGGGCAGAGGUAUCACCAAUUUGGAUGACUUUUUUGUCCACGUAACUAGAUGGACCUCUGGGAUGGUUGAUGUUCUUUUCUCCAAGUUUUGUCCUCUUAUAUAUGGCCCUUUGAAAACGUCCACUUUCCUUCAAAGUAUGUGUUAUGCAGAAAUGGCUCUUGUCCCCAUUUUCCAUUUCUUGCCAUUGUGGUGCCUUGCUACCAUACCUCAGCUCUGCCUCCUCAAUGGCAUUCCUUUGUACCCAGAGGUCUCAAAUUCAUACUUCAUUGUAUUUUCGUUCGUAUUCCUAUCGUUGAUUUCAAAACAUUUAUACGAGGUUCUCUCAACGGGAUUUACGUUUCAACAUUGGAUAAAUGAACAAAGGGUAUGGAUGAUGAAGUCAGUUAUAUCUGACUUAUAUGGCAGUGUGGAUGGCUUCAUGAAGAAAAUUGGUAUGAGAGAAGCCAGUUUCUACCUAACCAACAAAGUUGACGAUGUUGACCAACUCAAGCGUUACAACAUGGGGGUGUUUGAUUUCCAAACAUCAAUAUUAUUUCUUGCUCCAAUGGCUGCUCUGGUGAUCUUGAACAUGGCUUCCUUUGCAGUUGGGAUUUAUAGAGUCAUCUUGUUGGGGGAGUUGGACAAAUUUUUCAUACAAGUUUUCAUACCCUUUUAUGUCAUUUUGAUGAACUACCCUAUCGUUGAAGGGAUGCUGAUAAGGAAAGACGGGGGUCGCAUUCCACCAUCAGUCACAUUACUCUCUGCCAUAGUUUCCUUGAUUUUCUAUUUUUUGGGUUAUAUUAUUUUCAUGUAGCAAGGCCAAUAGGGACAUGGCCGGUGUCCAUGAUAUUUCUAUCUUUUUGAGUUAAUAAUAUGAUUUGUAUGCUUUUA